ACAGCGAGACAGGCUGUAGUAUCGAUGCAGUGAGACUGCGGGGCUUGUUUUUAAGUGAAAGAUGUUCUAAAACAUUGGAUUUACUUGUGUUGUUGGGUUGAAACAGUGAAUUUGCGGAGUGAUUUUUCGUUUUAUGACAAAUGAUACCGAAUACACCUUAGUGCGAACUAUCAAAACAUUUUUACUAAUCGGAUUUAACUGCAAUAACCUACGGUCCUCACUUUCGCUGAUUUUCAUUCUGGAGCUCCAAUGACGUGAAAGACCAUCAACAUCGUUCAAAAUGAAGACCAAUAUGCUUUCGUUGGCGAUUCUUUCGUCAUUAAUUUGGCUCUGUGCAUCAAAAACGGUGUCGGUUAUUCCCCACGAUGCUCAUCCUGGUUACAGUGUUAAAAAGUUUAAUAAUUCCGAAAAUUUAAAAUUAUUGGAUUCGGACUUUUCGCAGUUUUUUACUAUGUUACAAGACGGUUCAAUAAUGACUACAUCCGAUGUAAGUUCCCUAGUCAAUCACCCUAUAGAUUUAGUGGUAAUGGAAGAUAAAGGAAACAUUAGCACCAAACAUAAACUUGAGCUGUUCGUCCUCGACAGAAGAAACAUGCUCAGUUUUAAUUUUGACGAAGAUGUAUCUGGUCAUAUUGCCGAAAAUUCUCCUGCUGGUACAGCUGUUAGUGAUUUGCCGUUACUACAAGCUACGAGUGACUUGAGAGUACCAAUUACUUAUACUAUUAUCGCAGGAAACAUCGGCCAAUCUUUUGAACUGCAAGACAGCACGACUGGUGACGUUCUUCCAAAUGUAACGAUAAGCAAAGAUUUGGGAGGUGUUAAUAUAGUGUCUUCGCAGAUUUUGGACCGAGAAGAAACCAGCAAAUAUGUUCUGACCAUUCAAGCAGUUGAUCCUACUGGAAUAAACAAGGCAGUGACUAAUGUCGUGAUAGAUAUCGAGGACGAGAAUGAUAACAGCCCUGUUUUUACCCAGAAAGUGUACAGAUUCGUUGUAGGUGACGAUACGAUGGACGGAGAUAACGUAACGAUGACGUGGAAACGCUUCUCUUCGGUCGGUAGAGUAGAAGCUACGGACGCGGACGGGGACAAGGUCGCGUAUAGACUCGCAACACCUACAAACUUCUUGGUCAUAGUUCCUCAAACUGGAGACUUGCUCCUCACGCAAGAACCCAUUGAGGAAGUCGAAUUGGAGCUCGUUGUUGAAGCACACGACUUACGCACUCCUAGCAGAACAUCUCCAAGACCAGCGCAGGUCAUUUUCCAUUUCAAGCCCGCAGAAUCUUCAAAGGUUGAUAUCGAUUUAGAUUUUCAACAUCUAGAAGAAGUUGAGUUGCAUCGCAGUAAAAGACGUGUCACUCGCGCUGUGAGACCGACAAAGAGGAUCGAAUUUACCGAAACUGAUGGUGAGACUGACGGUCGGGUGGUUUUUCAGUUGGAAAAGGAAACUGAUCGCGAAACGUUUAAAAUAAGGGACGAAAAUCCUUGGGUGACGGUCGAUCCCAACGGAUCAGUUCGUGUGAAAAAGAAGUGGGACUAUGAAGAGCUUGGGCCAGAAAAGACCAUCGAUUUUUGGGUUACCAUCACCAAUGCUGAAAAAGGAGGCUCAACACUUGAAGAGGCAUUACAAAUUACGUACGAUGAUGACAUAGAAGUGGUCGAAAUCUACAUUGAGCCUCCAGAGGGUGAGCUGACAGCUGAAGACUUAGGCGAGGAAGAUGGUGGUGGACGGUGGUCGAUAAUUUGUCAAAAGAUCAACUUCGCUCACAGGCCGAGGCUGUUCUUUCUAAUAAGAAUACCACAGAAGAAGAGCGACUGGGGAGCAAAAAUGGUCCAUUUGAGAAGAUAG